AUGUCCCUCAGAACUAUCGGCGCAAAGGCGGCCGCGGCCUUGGACAAGGACCUCAUGAGCACCGGUGCCUUCUCAAUCGACCAGCUCAUGGAGCUUGCCGGACUAUCCGUGUCACAAGCGAUCUAUCGCGUUCACCCUCCUAGUCGAGGUCUGAACAUUCUUGUUGCAUGCGGCCCCGGUAACAACGGUGGCGAUGGCCUAGUGGCUGCCCGACACCUUUGUCACUAUGGCUACAAGCCCACUAUCUACUAUCCCAAGCGGAGCAAGAAUGAAUUGUAUCAGCGGUUGGCGCAGCAGUUGGUGGACUUGGACGUUGCGUUCGUCGACGAUUUCCUCGCGGCGGCGAAAACUACUGAUCAUAUCGUUGACGCUAUCUUCGGGUUCAGCUUUUCUGGAGAGGUCCGGGAGCCUUUCCCCGCGGUGAUCAAGGCGCUCGAGGAAACAAAGCUGCCGGUCACUUCGGUUGACGCCCCAUCAUCGUGGGAUAUCGAAAAUGGCCCGCCCGAGUCCGGCCCCGGGAGUUCGUUCCAACCUGAGGUCCUUGUCAGCCUGACAGCACCAAAGCCACUGGUGAAGCAUUUCAAAGGACGGCACUUCAUCGGCGGAAGAUUCGUAUCGCCGGGCAUUGCUGAAAAGUACAAUUUGGAAAUUCCGCAGUACGAAGGCAUCGACCAGGUGGUGGAAGUUGAUAAUAACGGCCAGAAGCUGUAA